CUGGUGGAGGAGAUCCAACAGUCCCUGAGAUCAGGACGUCUGUCCACAGAUAAACUGUCUCCUGCUCAGUGGUCAGCUCUAGUCUUCAUCUUACUGUCAUCAGCAGAAGAUCUGGAUGUGUUUGACCUGAAGAAAUACUCUGCUUCAGAAGAGGCUGUUUUGAGACUGCUGCCAGUGGUCAAAGCCUCCAACAAAGCUCUGCUGAGCAGCUGUAACCUCUCAGAGAGAAGCUGUGAAGCUCUGUCCUCUGUCCUCAACUCCCUGUCCUCCAGUCUGAGACACCUGGACCUGAGUGACAAUGACCUGUGGGACUCAGGAGUGAAGCGUCUGUCUGCUGGACUGGAGAGUCCACACUGCAAACUAGAAACUCUCAGAGAGCUGGACCUGAGCUUCAACCAUCCAGGAGACUCAGGACUGAGGCUGCUGUCUGCUGGACGGCAGGACCCCCGCUGCAGACUGGACACUCUCAGGGUGGACCAUGGUGGACUGCAGAGACUGAGUCCUGGUCCGAGGAAGUACGCCUGUCAGCUGGACGUGGACACAAACACCAUACAAAGAAACCUCAAACUGUCCAACAACAACAUGACGGUGACACAUGUGGGAGAGGAUCAGUCAUACUGGGACCAUCCCGACAGGUUUAGCUGCCCUCAGCUGCUGUGUAGCACUGGUGUGACUGGUCGCUGUUACUGGGAGGUGGAAUGGAGCGGACACGUUUAUAUAUCAGUGAGUUACAGACGAAUCAGCCGCAGAGGAGACGCUAAAGACUGUUUGUUUGGGAGGAAUGAUCGGUCCUGGAGUCUGUCCUGCUCUGAUGAAGGUGGUUUCUCUGUUUAUCACAACGACAGAGAGACAUCCAUCCCCUUCAACACCUACUCCUCUUCCUCCUUUUUCUCCACCACCCCCUCCUUCGUCUCCUCCUUCAUCUCCUCCUCCUUCUCUAACAGAGUGGCAGUCUAUGUGGACUGUCCCUCUGGCACUUUGUCCUUCUACAGCGUCUUCUCCAACUCUCUGAUUCACCUCCACACCUUCAACACCACAUUCACUGAGCCUGUCUACCCUGGGUUCAGGUUUGGGUUCUUCUCUGGUUCUUCGGUGUCUCUGCAGGUCUGAGAGUCUCUGCUGUGGACAGACACGCUCCUACCACCUCCUUUUAGCUCCAAGUGCGUAAAAGUUGGAAUAAUUUGUAAAACAUAAAUAAAAACUGCAGUCAGUGAUCAGUAGAUCCACUUUAAGCUCGAUUUAAAUGAAUCCAGUCCAGAGAAAAAAUGUUUCCAUGAGCCACUUCACAAGGGCGGCACCCAGAUCCGAAUACUGAUCACAUGAUUCAUUUAAAUAAUGUGCAAACGACUGACGUUUCAACGUGCACUGCGUCUUGGUCGGUCCUCUGACUCUGAUGAGGACACGUCCGUCUUGAAGCUCGGCCGUGUCUCAGUUCGGCCUCUGAGCCGCUGGCAGGACAGCUUUCAAAGAAUUAGCUGGUUAUUUUUUGUUUUCUCUGCAUGUUAUCGAUGUUAAGCAGAUGACGGACAGGUGUAUGUUACUUUCAAAAUCCAGUGAAGAAAACGACCUUCAGCAGCUGCUGUCUUUUGUCUCUAAAUUCAAACAUCUGAC